AUGGCAAAAACUACUUCAAAAUCAUCGAGCCUUUCUUCUGAGCAGCUGGCAACAAUAAUUGUCCUUGCAAUUAUGUUUGUUUUAUGCUGCGCUAGCUGCUGCACUUGUCUUUAUAAAUUUAAAGGAUAUCAAACCUAUGCCCGUAUAAUUCCUUCUCAAACGGUUAAUAGAGCAAGAGGAUAUGAAAUGGUUCCAGAAACGUCACUAGCUUAUGUGACAGAAAACAAUAUUCAGCAGUGCAUGCCGAAGUUGAAGUUUUUGAAUAAUAUGAUUGAAGUAGGUGUUAAAACAUGCUGCAUUUGUUUUGAUGAGUAAAUUAUAGAUAGUUUGGAAGAAGGGAUUCUUGUUAGAAAACUGGUUUGCAAGCAUAUUUUUCAUGCUAAUUGUAUUGAAAGCUGGUUUGUUAAUGCAGAGGGGUUUCCAAAGUGCCCGGUUUGUAAAGCGAAUCCUUUUCAAAAUAUAACGGAAGCGAUGAAUAUCCAUAUAGCUAGUUAA